ACAGAACAGCAGUAGCUGGCUGUGUGGCCUACUUUUCUGCUCAAGCUCCACGCCGCUCCAAGCGGAAGACUGGUGCGGCAGCGGCGUUACGCGAACGAAUCUUCCGGAAGCGGCAUCCGCCGAGUUUCGGUUGGGCGCACUCAUUCUACGUUUGAAACAGACCGAAAAUAGGCAGCAGUACAAGGUGUCCGUUGUGCCGGCGGAAGUCUGCCGUGUCACCACGGGUGAACCAAAACAAUCGUUCAAAGCGGCUCGAUCUGCUGUCCGAAUCGGCGUAUGGCCGCUGUGUGGCAUUAGAGGCAGCACGGCUCUUGUGACGUUCGACAUCCUUGCGUUGCGGUUGCCCUUAGCAACGUGCGGGAUUAUGGCUGUGACUGUUGUGUCCAAGGUGAACGCCAAAAGUAGGUUCGACAGUGCGCCCGCCUGUCAGUCGGCUUCUGAUCGUGCAGCAGUUCAGAGAUAGACAACAGAGAACGGACUUAGGACGGUGUCUCCCCAUCGAACCGUGUGCCUCCAGGAAUGGAUCUUGGCCCGUUGGUGAAAAACAACCGCAAUCCGGUUCCGGUUGUGGUGAAGGUGUCUUCACGGUUGAAGUACACUGUUUUGUUGGGGAGCGCCUUAGGCCGCGUCCUGAUCGACGCAAGUCGCUGAGAAACCGUUGAUGAUCUGUGAUAGCGAAACGAAGCGCGUCGUCGUCGGCCGCCACCGUGUGAUAUUAUGCAAUUUAAUUAGCUUCCAUCUUCCGUCCGUCGGUGUCGUUUCGUCAAAAACAAAAAUUAAAACGGCUACUAAGUUUGUCGAAGAAGGGCCAGUCGUAAGUGACAAUACCGCUUACUGCGAAGGUGCGUGCAGUGAGAUUAACAUUUUCUGCUAGUUUUUUUGCGUGUGAAGCAAAAUGACACGAAAAAAUAUCAUCCGAGUUUCGUACGACAGUGAUGAUGCCAUGGAGAGUUGCGGUUACCUGAAGUUUACGGACGAUACCAUGAAGUCCAACUUCCUGCAAAGUCUUAGCACGAUGCGGAAGAAUCGUCUUUUCUGCGACGUCAUCCUGUUGGUCGACAACACGGAGAUUCACGCUCAUCGAAACGUGCUGGCCUGUAUUUCGCCGCACCUGAUGGAACUGUUCAGCACGGAUGCAGGCACCCUGAACGGUGCUGCGGCGGCCAGCGAUGGCAAGCUGCCGUGCUACCGGCUGAACGGGCUCGUCACGAAGCACGGCCUGAAGUUUCUGGUCGAGUACGCCUACACCGGUUCACUGGAAGUGCCAGAUGAGAUGAUCCGCGAUGUCUAUCUCGCUGCCUGGCAGCUUAAGAUCGACAGUGUGGUGAAGGAGUGCGCCCGCCAUCUGGUGGGCGAACUGGAGCCGGAAAUCUGUAUCGAGACGCGCUCACUGCCCGGCAUCGAGCGCAACCGGCGCUUCGUGCAGGAAGUGGACACUUACAUUGCGAAACACUUUCAUCUCGUGUCCGAGACGGCAGGCUUCCUUCAGCUGCCUUGCGUGUUGAUCGAGGUACUGUACCAGACCCGUCAAGAGAUGUCGCUCGUAGCGGAGUCGUCGCUCGGUCGGCUCGUAAUUGGCUGGAUCCGGCGACAGAUCCAGGAGGAAGAUGUUUCGGUCUCUUCACUGCUGGAACGUUCCCACAUGCUGUAUCUGGCGCUGGACAAUACGCUGCAGGACUGUGCCGAUCUGCCGCCGGGCCAGGAGUCGGAAAGUGACCUCGUGCAGGACUACAAGCGGUUGGUGCUGAAGUGUCCCAGCAAUAAGAAGCAUCGUAAAGCGCUCAAGACACCGGGCCGUCCGAGAAUGAUACUUUAUAACCGCGAUAUCGGCGAACGGGUGGAGACCAACGAUCAGGCGACGAUCGAGAUGGACUGGAACUUGAUCGGAUGCAGCAAGCUGUCGGAUCAUUCCUACGUGGCACUCGUUACGCUGAACGGUAAUCUGACACGGUUGUCGAUCCAAUUGCGUCUCAACAUACCGACGACACCAUCCCCGAUCAACACGCCGGAUGUCAUGACUACAAGCGUGAGCCGGGACGAAGAUUUAGAUGAGGGUCAGCAGCCGGAGCUGUUCUGCGAGGUGGCAACCAUGUCCGGGCCGAAAUGCGGUCUUGGUGUGGCCGAGUUCGGCGGAAAGCUGCUCGUCUGUGGCGGGUACGACCGUGCGGAAUGCCUCCGAUCGGUCGAAGUUUACUGUCCGGAGACAAACUGUUGGACGCAGCAGAACAACAUGGGCGAAGCUCGUGGACGCGUUCAGAUCGCCGUUAUCGAUGGAACCGUAUACGCUGUUGGCGGUUGCAAUGGAACCACCGAGCUGGAUUCGGUCGAGUGUCUCUCGAAGCAGGACAAGAAGUGGAAAAAGAUGUGCAAACUACCUCUGGCCAGGAGCAACGCGGGAGUGUGCGCACUGCAGGGACAGAUCUACUGCAUCGGUGGCUGGAAUGGGCAAAGCGGCAUCAAACAGUGCGAUGUGCUGCGGCCCGAGGAGAACCGUUGGACGUCGAUUGCCAUGCUGAACACGGGACGCUAUCAGGCGGGAGUGACAGCGUUCGGCGGUCGGCUGUGGGUCGUUGGCGGUAGUGACGCUUGGAACUGUCUCGGCUCGGUGGAAGUAUACGACCCGGAAGUGAAUCAAUGGACCUAUACGGCGUCACUAUUAACAGCGAGACGUGGGUGUGGAUUGGCAGAGUUUAACGGCAAAUUGUACGCCGUCGGCGGUAGCGAUGGAACGCAUUCGCUCAACUCCACAGAGUGCUACGAUGAAGAGAGCAAAUGCUGGAUUGCCGGCCCAAAUCUCACAUCGCCCCGCUCGAACGUGUCGGUCGCCGUCGUCCAGAAUCGACUGUAUGCGAUCGGCGGGUUUUCGGGCAAAACGUUCCUCAGCACGGUGGAAUAUCUGGAUCCGGGCACCAACGAGUGGACCACGUUCGUGCCGCAGACUCGCGCCAACAUUGAUUCACUGCUAGAAAACUCGCUGCGAGCGGCACUACAGAACGUUCAACGGUCUACAUCGUCGACCUCCUCGUCGCCGGAUCACUUGACCGGUGGAGUCGGCGGGCGGGUAACGGCUUCGGGCGAAGAAAACACCUUCCAACCGAUACAGGCUGCACUUAACAACGAGUACAAUCUGCAGCAACAUUCACCCAAGGUAGUGACCAGCAGCAAAACGGCUCUGUUAGAAGAUGAUGAGGAUACUGAAGAAGUUGGCGAUGGGCGAGGCAAGGGAGCCGUUUUGAAGACGACUCACGAGAACAGUAUUAGCCUUCUGCAGCAACUGGCGGCCAACAAGUGCACGGAAAUAGCGACCGGCGGCAAUAACUCCAGCUAACCGGCGCUGGAAGCAUCAGCCACCGAAGCGCACUUGUUGACCGACACCUGCGACGUCACAGACGAGCUUCCCAGCGCGGCAACAACUCCUAACGAGUGCUACAACGGCGGUGAGCUAAUCGGCAACGCCGAGGACGAUGAGGUGGAUUAGUGUGACUAACGAAGAUGACAAGAGAGCAUUGAUGGAUUCACGAUCGGGUUAGGACUCGCGAGAGAUCAGAGCACGGCGUUCGAAUCGUUGGAGGAGAUGACAGAGCAGUACGUAUCCCUAUUGUUUCGCUGAAUGGAGUGCGAACCACCGUAAGGCGAUGCUAAUUGUAAGGAGAAAAGCGAAAGCAAGACAUAGCUUAAGAUACAAAGGGACGAGAUCCUUUAAUGACGUUUUCUUCGUGAAGUAAUGCCAGGUUAAAUAUUGCCACAAAGUGCAACGCAGUGCAAGAGGGUGCUAGUGUAAGGUUCUAUUUGCUAUGCGUAUUCUAACCCACUGCGCCCACUGGUGUCUCAUUGCGAUCAAAAAUUAUCAGUCAUGUUGAGUGUACUGUUAGUGUGGCACUGCAAUGGAAGAAGGAGGUUUCUUGUGUUUGCUGCAAACUUUUACACCCUAAAGUAGACCAACCCAUAAGCCGCCAUACGGCGGUAUGGCAUGAUUCGAAGGGCAUUCCUGGAUGGGUACAUUUCAAGCUUCUCCAUUCGUUAGAUUUACACCCUGAUCAAUGUUAUAGAGCAGCCACAGAGCAAACCGGGACACUCACAGCAGUAGUGGGUAAUUACAUUAGGAUUAGAAGCAGCAUACCUACUCACAUACAAUUAAGCUCACGAUCACUGAUUCCUAGGUGAACGCUACCGCAGGGGUCCAUUUUAUAAAAGAACGAGUGCGUAGGCCAUCUCAAUCCGCGCUUGAAUAGAAGGCAGAUAGGGGACUUUCAACAUGUUUUUCUAUUGCGUCUGCGAGUAAACUAAAUCAUCCUUUAAGAUCCUUUGAUCAUCCUCUAUGAUAAGGCCAUCCUUUUGAGAACCAAUUUCACAAAGACAUAGAGAGUGUGGAGCGUAGCAAAGAAAGAGUGUGUACGUGAGAGAGAGAGAGCGAGAGCGAGAGAGAGAUGCGCUGAAAGGUCUGUGUUGUAGGAUUAGGACUUCACUACUAUCGCGGAGUUGUCAGCGAACUGGAGCAGGAAGCGGAUAGAAUGAACCAGUUCUUGUGUGUGCAUUGUAAGCUGACACUUUAAGGAAAAGCAUGUUUUCUGAAACCUUAUAAUGAAAGCACUGACACUAUUGGUAUAAUUUUUAAUCGGCUCGCCGAGAAGAAACAA